AUGUCAGAUCUCAUAUUUUGUACACUUCACGAACGUCAAGAUUUGCUCAAAAACAGUGUCAAAUUUUUAAAUGAGGUUUGCAUUUUUUUUUACAAUGGAGCGCAUUUGAAAAAAUAUUUUUGAAGGAAUGGCCGCGAAGCGAUGGAUCUCGUGAACAUUCCCAAAAUAAAUCAUGUCGAUCUUCCCCACCAAUGUCAUUUUUAUUGAUUAAUUCUGAAAAUGAAAUUGUUGGUCAUGCCAGAGUUUGUCAUUUGCCAAAUCGGUGGGUUUUGGGGGAUUUUGGGCUAUAUUUUUCUAUUAUAUUAUAUUUUUCUAAUUUAGUUUCGAAGAAUUGCAAAUUUUCUAUUUAUUUCCCCAGACAACUUAAUUUUUUGCAGCCCAAAAUCUCUAUGGAUCGAAUCAGUUAUGAUAAAAAACACAAUGAGAGGUCAAAAACUUGGCAAAAAAUUGAUGAAUUUGGUCGAAAAUUGGAUGCUAGAAAAUAAUUUCGAUGAAGCUUUUCUAUCGACAGAUGAUCAAGUCGAAUUCUAUAAAAGAUGUGGAUAUUUGGAAUGUGAUCCGAUUAUUCAUUCGACAACUUCUACUUCCGUUUUUCCAGCAAUGACUAAGUUUCAGGUAAAAAUAUAUUUGAAAGAAACAAACAUUUUUUUGAAAAAUAAGUUUAUUUUUCUCUGAAAAAUUAUUUAUCGCGGAAUAUUUCGAAUUUUAUGCCAUCUUUUAUUAAAAAAAACUUUAUUAAAACAAUAUAUCAAAACAUCAAGAAAUCCCCUUUGAUUAUUGAAUUAUUGAUGGAUAGCAAGUUUUAUGAGCUCUCCAGUAUAUACAACUAUCUCCUUUAUCACAAUCCGCAUCCGUUUUGCAUUCUCUUUUCUGUCCACAAUAAGCGAUUUGCAACAAAACGUAGAAAAAUGUCAAAAAUACAAGGAAUCUCAUUUUGAUUUGAAAUUUUCAUCGAAAAAUUGGGGUUUUAAAUUAGAUUUUUUCUUUUCUAAAAAAUUUGAAUUUGGGCUAAUAUGACGCUAUUUUAAGAAAUAUCAAGAAAACCAUAUUUUUUGAAAAUAUUUGAGAUUUAAAAAUAACUUUAUUGAAACAGAACAUUUAUUUCAAAACAUCAAGAAUGAAUUUUUCAAUUUUGUCGAAUUUUCGGUGGAUAGCACAAAUAAUGAGCUCUCCAAUAAAUACAACUAAAUCCUGGAUCACAAUCCGCAUUAGUUUUGCAUGGUUUUUUCUCCCAACAAAUUGCAGUUUGUAGGAAAACCAAGAAAAAUGUCAAAAAUACAAGGAAUUUCAUUUUGAUUUGAAUUUUUCAUUGAAAAAUUGGUGUUUUAAAUGAAUUUUUGUUUUUUUUUUGAUGAUUCAAAUGAAUUCAAAAAAUAUGUUUGGGGAACUUUCGAAAAAUUUAUGACUAAAAAUCUAUUUUUGGCUGAAAAAUGGAACAUCAAAAAAUUAGGACUACUGUAAGCACUGAACUUGACAAAAAAUGCAGAAUUUUUUCUGGGAUUACUGUAUAAACACUUAAUUUCACGCACAAAGCUCAAAAAAUAAGGUUAUGAUGGGUUACUGUGGUUAAAAACAUCGAACUUCACGCAAAAUUUUCUGGAUUACUGUAGACACCACACUUUACGCGCAAAAUCAUUUUUUUUUCCAGAACUCUGCCACAAUUGCUUCAAUACCCAAACCAUCUUUUUCAUCUCAACAAUCUACAGUAUGCUCAUCUACAGUACCCCCACCACCUCCUCCUCCUCCAAUUUCACCCGCCAAAUCCUCAAUUUCCACCACUUUACAUCAAUAUAUGCACAAAAAACUCUAG